UUCCCCUCCUAAAACCAUUGAAAAUCCUGUGAGCAAUGACAUCCAAAGACAAUAACAACAGUGAAGAAGCAGACCGUUUAAGCUCCCUUCCUGACCCCAUCCUCAUCGAUAUACUUUCUAAGAUCCCCCUCGAUACUGCCAUCGGCACAACCCUUUUGUCGCGGCGAUGGCAGCAUCUUUGGACACAAAUCACAACUUUGAACGUCAAUAUAGAUUUCAUUUCCACACAUUCUUCCAAAUUUUGGAACGGCUUAAAUGAAAUUCUCCCACAAAUGAUGAUCCAUACGUGCACAAUUAAUAUCAUUUGGCCUUCGUCUGUACCCCUCUCUAGUACAAGUCCAUAUUUUCCUCAAAUUUCUCAUAGGAGCAACAUCAAGGAGUUAAAGGUACUAUCUAAAGGUUAUGCACAUCGAUGGCUUCGUUCUCUUCCAUCUAUAAAUUGUUUAUUUCUAAUAUCCUCUUUAGUUAAUCUUGAACUCACGGGUGUUUUUCAUUUUCAUUGGAGUUUUCGCGAAAAGUGUGAAAAUGAAAUUAAUCUUCCCAACUUGAAGGUACUAAAAAUAUGUAUUCUCCACCAUCAAUGGCCGUUGUUAGGAAAACUAAUUAAGUCUUGUCCAUCACUUGAUGACUUCUCUCUUGACGUGGAUUAUACUAAACGUGGAAGUUUAUUCGGUAGUAUAAAUCUUUCUAGUCUUAAUCUCAAAAGAUUGCAAGUUAUCUUAUCUCAAAAUGUAUAUGCUAACAUUGAGAUUGAUGCUCCGAAAUUGGAAUAUCUCAAUGUGAAUUCUCGUCAUGGAUCAACGUUUUAUUUCAUGAACAAGAGCAACCCUAUAAUGUUAACUCAAGUAGAUAUAAGUGAUGCAAAUGCUUUCCAUGCAACAAUGUUUGAUAACAUUUACCAAGUAUUUCGAAAUGUUAGAUUCCUUUUGCUUGAUAGAUAUGAAGAAUUCAAGGAGUUGUUAGUCUUCCUCGAAUUAUGUCCUGUUUUAGAGGUUCUUACCUUGAAUUUGAUGACUAGUUCUUUUGCGGAAUCGAAGAUAGAGUUUCCUCCUAAUUCGACACCGAAAGCAUGUAUGUUAACCCAUUUGAAGAGGGUAGAGAUGAACAUGCCUUUGCGUAUAUUACUUGAGAAAGAAGAUGAAUUAAUAAAUGUGGUAAAAUACUUGCUAAGUAAUGCUUGUGUUUUGGAGUGCCUCAUCGUAAUGGUUACUGGUAGUGGUGGGAGUGGGAGUGAGUUUACAGAAGAUGAACAACGCUGCGAAUCGCGGUUAUGUGAGAAAUUGUUUCAGUGCCGACGGAAAUCUUCAGUUUGCCAAGUUGAAUACUUCUGUUUUGGAAGGACUAGAAAAACAUCUGAUAAUGGAAUUGGAAGGGAUUUAAUUACUGAAGCUAGUAGUAUUUGAAGAGCAUUUGAAGGAAGGAGAUCUGAGAUGGGUGCAUACUUCUUUCUACUAGGAACCAACAAAGGUAUAUAUGUUGGGUUUUGUCCCUCUUCUUAUGAGAAUUUGGGACUUUGUUUUUAUUACUGUUUUGUUUUCUUUAACAAAUUGAUCUGUUGAUGAUAAUUUGUGUGGCUUUAUGAGAGAUAUCAAUUCUUCGUCUACACCAGGUUGAAUCAAAUCAAGUUCUACGUCAAAAAUAC